CAUAAUAUAUCCAAUGCUCAGCUGCAGCUCAUAGGUAAGGCUAGAAAAUGAUGGUGGUAAAAGCUCCUCUUCCUUUCCUGAUUGUUCCUUGUCCGUCUCCUUCCUCUUCGUCGUCAAGGAACAGCAACGCCGGCUUUAUGAAGAAAUGUGUCAGCAAUAACAGAGUUCUUUUAGUUAGCAGUAGUUACAGUCGUAAGCCCUUGGAAACUGCGGGUGCUUAUCAGCUUAUCAACGAUGAGACUGGCGAGAAAUUGAUAGUUUGGGGUGGAGCUGACGAUGAGCCUUCUAUCCCUCCUAACCAUCUACUCCACUCCUCUAAUUGGAACCCUAACCCCUCUCAACACACUGCAGACAAUAAUUCUUCGAGACAAUCUACUGCUAGCUUUUCAAGAUUGAAAGCUCAGAGAGUAAGAGCUCUCGUCAAUAAAACUUCUUCGACAAAAAAAGAAGUUAGGAAACCUGACAACCAACAUUCGCAAUCUAAACGUCACUCCUUGGGGAAGAAUAAGACUGUAAAUGCCCUCAAAGAAGAGCAAAGAUUUUCAACAGCAGAUAAAAAACAAAUUACUGGGACAGGACAACACAUGGACGAUUCUCUUGUACCUGUGGAAUGUGGUGUCUCAGAUAAUCAAAUUGUACCGGCUAGACUUCAUAAGUCUGAUGCCCAGGGAGAUGAAGCUGGGAUUUUAGUUCCUAGAGCCUCUAAUGCUUACUUGAGAGGAUGGGGCAAUGGAGGAUCCAUUCAUAACCUCAAAUCUGAAUCAAAAGGCCUCCCAAAGCAGCGGCAUAAAUUCUCCACUGAUACAGAGUUUUUUAGUCGAAAAUCCUUUAAAGAAUUGGGAUGCACUGAUUAUAUGAUCGAAUCCUUAAAACGACAACAUUUCCUGCGUCCUUCGCGAAUUCAGGCCAUGGCAUUUACUCCUGCUAUUGCAGGAAAGAGCUGUAUUUUAGCUGAUCAAAGUGGAUCAGGGAAGACACUGGCAUAUCUCCUACCUGUGAUUCAACGUCUUAGGCAAGAAGAACUCCAAGGACUUAGCAAAUCCACUUCAAGAAGUCCUCGAGUAAUUAUCAUGGUACCAACCGCUGAGUUGGCUUCUCAGGUUCUGAAUAAUUGCCGUUCAAUGUCUAAAUUUGGAGUUCCAUUCCGGUCUAUGAUUGUGACCGGUGGUUUUCGACAGAGAACUCAGUUAGAAAAUCUCCAGCAGGGUGUUGAUGUUUUAAUAGCCACACCUGGUCGUUUCAUGUUCCUUAUUAAACAAGAAAUCUUGCAGCUCAGCAAUCUUAAAUGUGCUGUGUUGGAUGAGGUGGAUAUACUCUUUAAUGAUGAUGAUUUCGAAGUAGCACUACAAACUUUGAUAAGCUCUGCACCUGUUACCUCACAAUAUCUAUUUGUGACAGCAACUUUACCAGUAGCUGUAUAUAACAAGCUAGUUGAAGUUUUUCCUGACUGUGAAGUUAUCAUGGGACCCAGCAUGCAUCGGAUAAGCCCAGGUCUUGAAGAGGUUCUUGUAGAUUGCAGUGGAGAUAAUGAAACGGAGAAAACUCAAGAAACGGCUUUUCUCAACAAGAAAUCUGCUCUUCUGCAGCUGGUUGAGGAAAUUCCAGUUUCAAAGACAAUUGUUUUCUGUAACAAGAUUGAAACAUGCAGAAAAGUUGAGAAUAUAUUGAAACGCUUUGAUAGAAAAGGAACUCAAGUGCGGGUUCUACCAUUUCAUGCUGCAUUGGAGCAAGAGUCCCGGCUAGCAAAUAUGAAGGAGUUCAGUAAUAGGCAGUCUAAAGAAGAAUGUUUGUUUUUGGUUUGCACUGAUAGAGCAUCACGUGGAAUGGACUUUGCUGGUGUGGAUCAUGUCAUACUCUUUGACUUCCCACGUGAUCCAAGUGAAUAUGUGCGUCGUGUUGGAAGAACUGCUAGAGGUGCUGGAGGAAAGGGAAGGGCAUUUAUAUUUGUGGUUGGGAAGCAAGUUUCGCUUGCACGAAAGAUAAUGGAAAGAAAUCGGAAGGGUCAUCCACUGCAUGAUGUGCCGUCAGCAUUUGAGCUAGUGGGUUGAAGAAAUGCAUGCAAGGAUUGUUAAAGUUGGACUUUCCUAACCUCAUCGGAAAUGUGGGUUGGAGAAAGCUAUCAAAAAUGUGGAUCUAAAGCCAGUCACAGUCAUGAUGGCACCAGCUGAUAAAUUAUAAACAGGAAGCUAAACAUGCCGGUAAUUUAUUUGUCAGAAAUGACACUCAAGCAAAUAAAGUUGUUAAUUAUUUCAAUGUGAUGAUGAAUCACUUAUGUGUUGUGCCAAGCAUCAUAGAGAAUGUAAAAUGGAACUUUAAUCAAUGAAUUGAGAUGUAUUUCUUCUUUUUU